GUUGGCGAAUAGCAAUUUUUGCAUUGAAAUAUCAAUUUCCGCACAGGUAUAGCAUUUGAAAAAAGAAUUACAGCUAUUCGUGUAACAUCUGUUGUGAAGAAAUAGAUUCUACAUUAAUAUAAAUGAAUUUAUUGAGCUAAAUAUAUUUUACAGUUUUCUUUACAAUUGAACAAUUAAUCUCUCUUUUAAUUCUUUGCACGUAAUAAUAAUAAUUAAAAAAACAAAAAAAUUUACAAUUUUAUAUACCUCUUUGAACACUAAUUAAAACAGUAUUAAUAGAAUAAUAAAUAGUAUACUUGAAGAACAAGAUGGAGUAGCCCACAGCAGAAGAUAUUUCAUCAUUGAAAUAUUCUCCUAACGAGUUGAAUGAAAUUCGAACCUGUCAGUGGAAAAAAUAAUCGAUGAGCCCAGUACUGUCAUGCAACCUUGGCUAGUUCGUUGAUGAUUACAGACCAGAUUUGCUGGAGCAUAAAAAGGCGCCGCCUUUUGACCGCUACCAUGUUGCCCUUCGAUGAGUCGUAAUCACUACCUGGCGACUCUUCUAGCCUAUUUCCUGUGUUUAUAAAAUCUUCAAAUACCCACCGUUGCCUGUUUACUGUAGUACGACCGGCUUGGAGAACACAUCUCCGGUGGUGCGCCUCAUGUUCCGAGAUGCACCCUCGUGCAUUCUAUACGCUUGCACUCAUGCUUCUCGUGGCUGGUGACGUUGGAUGCGACGACAAAACGAAAUGGUACGUUGGCCUGCAGUCUGUGUUCAAGAAUUGUCCGCUGGAGUCUUGGAGGAACGCGGGUCAGGACGAAUUUAUGGAGAAGCUGAAGAGGUGCAUACAGGAACACGUGUUGGCUGUUCUGGAUUCCAUCCUCGUGAACGAUGUUAUACCAGUUUUCGACGGCCUCUACCUAGUGCGAUUCCAACAGGAUAGAACGAAUUCCACGGAUAACUAUACCAAUAGUGAAUUAGAGGACGAUACAAACUGGACAGCGAUGAUCUUGAAACGGCUAAUAGGCGUUCUACGUACACACGUUUUCAAGGUCGACGUGGACCACCUAGUCGACAGCACCCUUUCACCUGUUAACAAUUCCGAGACAGAAUUAAAUGGAAACAUAUUUGAAGGUCGAAGACGUCGAUUUCGUCGCAAAUACAACAACGUAUUGCCGUUCAUGAUGAUGGGCUUCCUGUUGAUGGGUUCCAUCCUCGUGCCCAUGGGUUUCCAGUUUCUCGCCGUUCUGGGUGGCAAAGCGUUAUUGCUAGCGAAGAUGGCUCUAAUACUGUCCAGCAUACAGGGGCUGAAGAAAAUUGCGACGAACGGUGUGAAUUAUGGACUGUAUCACACCCAGGUGGAUGGCUGGCACGACAGAAGCCAUAUAGAGACACCCUCGCAUCUAGAUUUACCUUUCCAACCUCAUAUUCGUCCUUAAACCUCAGGAAUAUUCCUAUUAAACCAUUUUCUUUGCCGAGGGAGGUGGCUCAAACUUAAUGCUUAGCGUUAAUGCGCUGAUAUAUGAAUAAAAUGUUUGCAAAUUGUGCUUGUUGUUAGAGUAUGAAGACUGCUAAAUGUUACUUUCAAAGCGUUCACACUGUAAAUAAAUGAGAAAAUCCGUGUUGGGAUGCGAGAUAACUGUAAAGGGCUCUCUGUGGUGCGUUAAAUGGUACCCGUUAUCGUUAACACUAUGUAGGAUUCUAAAACAGACUUGGAAACUUUUUCUUCAACUAGCCCCUUGUAGUAUGCUUCCCUACAGACACCAAGAAUCCUUUCGGACAGUCGGCGACGCACGGUACAUGUACUUAGAAAAUUUCUAAAUUUCUAAUAAUGUCAAUUUAAAGAAUCUGAAGAACAUUAACGCCAAUGUAAACGAGGGAAAUUAAGAAACGUUUUAACAUUAUUAUGCUUCCCUACAGACACCAAGAAUCCUUCCGGAGAGUCGGCGACGCACGGUACAUGUACUUAGAAAAUAUCUAUAUUUUUAAUAAGGUUAAUUUAAAGAAGCUGAAGAACAUUAAUACCAAUGUAAACGAGGGAAAUUGAGAAACGUUUUAACAUUAUGUAGAAUUGUAAGACAGACUUGGAAACUUUUUCUUCAACUAGCCCCUUGUAGUAUGCUUCCCUACAGACACCAAGAAACCUUCCAGAGAGUCCGCGACGCACGGUACAUGUACUUAGAAAAUUUCUAAAUUUCUAAUAAUGUCAAUUUGAAGAAUAUGAACAACAUUAACGCCAAUGUAAAGGAGGGAAAUUAAGAAACGUUUUAACAUUAUGUAGAAUAGUAAGACAGACUUGGAAACUUUUUCUUCAACUAGCCCCUUGUAGUAUGCUUCCUUACAGACACCAAGAAUUUAGAAAAUUUUUAAAUUUCUAGUAAUAAAGUCACGUUGAUAUCCCUAUAACAAUUGUUUUCUGGUGAAACGACACAAGUAAUUGUGGUGUCGUUUAAAGAACUUGAAGAACAUUAACGCCAAUGUAAACAAGAGAAAUUAAGAAACGUUUUACUUGAACAAACAAUCGACGACAAAGCGAUGGUAAGAGAGCAACUGUGAGUGAAAUAUCACGGCAAAUCUCACGGACGUGAUUUAAUCAAAUUCAGAGGCAUCACAGUGAAUAAUUCAGUUCUUUUCGUUUCGAACGCAUCAACUUCUAUUCUUGUUUAACGAUGAAUACACUUUGUAUAAUCGAUAACCUUCGUAAAUACGACAUCCUCUCAUCGCUGUAUUCUUAUUCAUGUUCAAUUAAAAUAUUUAUUGCUCU